AACGCGUGUAUUUCAGCUAGUGGCAUUGAGACCGGCCUGUCAAUAACACCGCGACUUCGCGAGCGAAAGUCCAUCGAGGUCUGCUCUUAGGCUUCUCUUCGGCUUCCCUUCGACUUCUCUUCGAUUUCUUUCAGACUUCUCUUCGACUUCCUUUAAACCUCUCUUCGACUGCUUUUAAACUUUUCUUCGACUUCUCUGCGACUUCGCGCCUCAACCGCGCCCACCAUCUUGGACCCUAACGCAAUGUCGGGAAAACCUCGUUCGUUCGAGUAUUCCACCGCGAAUCUUCACGUUCUGCGAGUUAUAUGACAAUAGACUAUCCCCGGACACGUUCAGCGAGGUUGGAUCACCGCAGAGACCAAGGGAACAGACACGCGUGAAAAAUGAAAGCGCGCUGUCGCCUGUGAGUCUCUCGGAGGCUUUCUAAUUAUCGUGAAUAAUCGAUCCACGCGUGAUCGUGGCUGGUAACGGACAAUGAAUCUCGAAAGUGGCCUGUCGUGCAACCGGCGUGCCGCAGUUUUAUGAAUCGAACCGUGAAACCGUGUUCCCAGGAGACCGAGAUCCAACGAGGCCCGGACCAUCUUCCAGACGAGUCAAGAGAGUGUGCUUCCGACAUGUUUUGGACGAUGAAAGUAUGAUGAGGUUCCCGUGCUUUCCGUGCUUUCGAAGUGUCCUAGGACAGAGUGGCAACAUCAAUCUUACCACCGAGUCGAGUAUAAUUAGUAACGGAAAUGCGACGAUCCCAGUGGUGACUAGCUACAGGCCUUCUGAUGAUCCAGAUCUGAAUCGUGGUGUGAUACGCUCUGUGAUUGGUGGCACAGUGUCUAAUGGGUUAGGACCACCGGCUCACUCCAGCGGAAAAGGCAGGGCGCCAUCACCACCUCGACAUCUCAAUCUUCUUCCAACGCAUCAUGAGGACGAGCAAGAAAAUGCCAAGACCUCGGAUGGCUCGAACAAGCCGGUGAACCCCAGAGGUGGUAUUAUCGGCAGGCCACCUUCGCCACCCUCUGCACCGACUCCUGUUUACGAUAAAGACCUAAAGAGUAGACGACAGAUUAAAAGAGCCAUUUUAGAGAAUGAAUUCCUCGGCAACCUCGAAGAGGGUCAGGUGGAAGCGCUGGUUUCUGCCAUGUACCCGAAACAGAUACCACCGGGUACCUUGGUGAUUCGAGAAGGAGAUAUGGGGUCGCAUCUUUACGUGUCCGCAGAAGGAGAGUUCGAUAUUUACCAGGGCGACAAGUUCCAGAGGAGCUUUGGACCCGGUAUCGCGUUCGGGGAGAUCGCUUUAUUGUACAAUACCAAGAGACUUCGAUCUAUCAGCGUAAAGAAAGGAGGGAAAGUAUGGGUGUUGGACCGAUCCGUGUUCAUCAAUGUGAUGAUGAAAUCUGCUCAGGAGAGACUAGAAGGGAACGUUCGGUUUCUUCAACAAGUUUCCGUUCUCCAGAAACUGCCUGAACCUAAGGAACACCUUCUUGCUAAGAUUUCUGAUCUUCUCCGCAUGGAAUUCUUCCCUGCUGGGGCAGUGAUUGUUCGACAGGGAGAGAAGGGUGACAAGUUUUACAUAAUUAGCGGUGGAAACGUCAGGAUCACCAAAAAUACCAAAGAUGGCGGUGAAGAAGAGCUGGUGGUGCUUGGAAGGAGCAAGUAUUUUGGAGAAAAAGCACUUUACGACGAUGCCGGUGACAAUCGACGACACGCUAAUGCUAUUGCUUUGGCUCCUGGCGUCGAGUGCUUGACACUGGACCGACAGUCGUUCCUCAAUUACUUGGGUGGUCUUGACGAGAUACGCAACAAGGACUGGCUGGCGGAGUACGAGAAUCAGAAACGAUCUCUGACGUUGAAGAAAUGGUCUCACGAAUAUUCCAAGGUUACCUUGGCCGAUUUAGAGACCAUAGGCACCCUGGGAGUCGGUGGAUUCGGCCGGGUCGACCUGGUCACUCUGAAAUCGGAUACAGAGAAGAGCUUCGCGUUGAAAAAGUUGAAGAAAAAGGUGAUGGUCGAGCAACAGCAACAGGAGCACGUGCUGAACGAGAAAUACAUCAUGCAGGCCUGUGAUUCACCGUUCAUCUGCAAGCUUUAUCAGACGUUCAAGGACAACAAAUACGUGUACUUCCUGAUGGAAGUCUGUCUAGGAGGAGACGUAUGGACUACUCUCCAAAGGAGACGAUUCUUCGACGACACGACUGCACAGUUUAUGAUCGGAUGCGUAGUGGAGGCUCUUGCUCAUCUUCAUUCGAUGAACAUCGUCUAUCGGGAUCUAAAGCCAGAGAAUCUUAUGCUCGAUAGCCGUGGAUAUUUGAAACUAGUUGACUUCGGUUUCAGCAAAAAGAUUGGACCAUCCAAGACAUGGACCUUUGCCGGGACGCCCGAGUAUGUGGCACCAGAGAUAAUCUUAAACAAAGGACACGAUAGGGCGGUGGAUUACUGGGCCCUUGGAAUUCUAAUUCACGAGCUACUCAUCGGUAAGCCACCCUUCCGUGGGUCCGAUCACAUGUCCAUCUACAACAAGAUCCUAAAAGGUAUCGAAGUAGUCGGAAUACCUAAUUCUAUUAGCAAGAACGCGAACAGUCUGAUCAGAAAGCUGGUUCGCCUAAGUGCUUCCGAGCGUCUGGGUUAUCAAAGGAAUGGCAUUCAGGACAUUCGAAACCACAAAUGGUUCCAUGGAUUCAAUUGGACCGCCUUGCAGAAGCUAAGUUUACCCGCACCAAUCGUUCCGACAGUACAAAGUAUAAUCGACACGAGGAAUUUCGAAAGAUACCCGCCAGAUCGCAACGUUCCACCAGACGAAUUCUCUGGAUGGGACGAGAACUUCUAAGAAGAAAAAGUCGAGCAAUAAUCAGCUGUACGUGAUCCAUCCAUUAACUAAACGAUAAGAAUUACGAAAUUGUAGAAUGAGAGAGAAGUAAAGAGAGAGACGUUCUGAUAAUUAUACAAUGAAAUAAAACGAUAGCAGGAGAAUCAUCGUUAUAUCUAAUCGACUUGGUUACCUUAGGCAAAUAGCUUUGCUAUUUAUACUUCUUGCAUUCGGAACAAUCAUAUAUGCCCACUAACUAAUUCUUAUGAUUAAAUCCUAAUUAAGUAGCUACUUGUAUAGCAAGUAUUCAGGACUCAUAGAAGGAUUAUAGAACGAAAGAUACUCUACGAUUAACGAUACUUGUAGCUAUGAUAAUUUUAGCGUUAUCAAUUAAUAAUAAAUUUAUACACGAGUUGCUAAGGUCAUACUGAU